AUGUCAACACCUCAACCCACCAUCUCCAGCGAAAAGACCUUCACGUCCUACACCAAAGACCAAGGGAAAUCCUACGCCCAAGUCCGCCCGUCCUACCACCCCAAACUCUACGAAACAAUCCUCAAGCAUCACACCUCCACCGGCGGCCAACUCACCACCCUCCUAGACGUCGGCUGCGGCCCAGGAAUCACCACUCUCGCCCUCGCACCAAACUUCACUCUUUCCAUGGGCCUCGAUCCCUCCGAGGGCAUGAUAAACAAUGCGCGCUCUCUGGGCGGCGGCUCAACCGCCUCAUUAUCUCCCAUCCGCUACGAGAUCUCCACCGCCGAAGACCUAGGCUGGCAUCUCACUCCUCCAGUCGCAGAAGCGAGUGUUGAUCUCCUCACUGCGUCUACAGCCGCGCAUUGGUUCGACAUGGCUGCUUUCUGGCCGCGCGCAGCUCGAGUUCUUAAACCGGGUGGGACAGUUGCGCUCUGGACGACGGGACAGUUGAGUAUCCAUCCCUCGGUGCCUAAUUCUGAGGCGUUGAAUAAAACACUUAUGGAUAUUGAAGAGAGGGACUUGCAGCCUUUUUUUGAGCCGGGAAACUGGCUCACUCGGAACCUCUACACGGGUUUGCCUCUCCCGUGGACGCUUGACACUCCUGUCCCUGAGUUCGACGAAAGUAGUUUUGUGAGGAUGGAAUGGGGGACGGGGGAGAAUGAUCCGGAGGAGUUCUUUGCGGGGGGAGCGCUGACGAUGGAUCUGGAUAAGAUGGAGAAGAUUAUGGGGACGGCGAGUCCGGUACAGCGCUGGAGGGAGGCGCAUAAAGAGGCUGUUGGGACGGAGGGUGAUGUGGUGAAGAGGAUGAGGAGGGAGAUUGAAAGGUUGUUGAGGGAGGCGGGGGUCGAGGAAGGGAAGGAGAUUAUCAAGGGGAGUCCGAAGGGGGUCUUGUUGGUGGUGAAGAAGAAGGCUUAG